UUUUGCAGAUUUUUACCGGUAUAUUACUAUAACUGUAUAUUAAGAUUAUUAUUGCAUAUAAAUAAGUAUGGUAUCCAAAACUGCAGCAGUAGCAGCAGCUGCAGGUGUUGCUUUCAUUGGAUACUGUGUAUAUUUCGAUCGGAAGAGAAGGAGUGACCCUGACUUUAGAAAGAAGUUGAAAGAAAGAAGAAGAAAAGCAAGAGAAGGGCAGUGUGGUGCAAAUAAAACUAAGUUGCCAGAUUUAAGAGAUGUCGCAGAAGUUCAGAAAUUUUUCUUGGAAGAGGUGCAAAAAGGAGAAGAGCUACUUGGAGAAGGAAAGUAUGAAGAAGGUGUCGAACAUCUGACAAAUGCUGUAGCAGUCUGCGGUCAACCUCAACAAUUACUACAAGUUUUACAACAAACUCUACCCCCACAAGUUUUUAAUAUGCUACUUGAAAAGUUACCUUCAGUAUCACAGAGGCUCGCAACCUCAUCUGCUGCAUCCGCAAAACCAGCAGCAAAGCCAGCUAAAGAACCUUUAUCCUCUGCCACAAUUGCUGAUGUUGAUGAUUUGGAGUAGAUGAUAUGUGCACUCUCACUGCUCGAAUGUAGUUGAACAUCAAGGAAGCAUAAAGUACAAAUCUGAGGGCAUAUCGCACAGUUAUUUUAAGAGCACACUUUUAUCAUCCCUUCAUUUUUAUUUCAUGCAACUUUCUCUUUUUGUUAAUUGAUGAUAAUAAAUAAGAAUCUGCCAAUGAGGGCAGUAUGAUGAA